AUGACCGUACCGAACAUCUCAGAUAGCUUCCUCCGGGGUCCAGCCCCAAACGCAGCCCUCCACAAACUCGAUUUCGAGCGCACAUCCCCACCGAUCCCCGAAUACAAAGGCCACUUCGCCGCUAUAGUGGACAACUUCAUGACCGAAGCCGAAUGCAAAGAGCUCGUUCGUCUAGCAGAAGAAUCAACAAGAAGUCAACUCCCUGACUCAACCCUCUCGCCCCCCGUAUGGGAACAUGCAAUGGUCAACGCCGGCGGCGGCAGACAAGUAAUGUCCAUUGACACACGGAAGAGCGGACGGAUCAUAUUGGAUUCACCCGAUCUUGCAACCAGAAUCUUGGACCGAAUGAUGCCUUUCAUGCGCGAAUGCGAACUCGACCGCGUCCAGAGAAAGCCCCUAGUUACGGGUCUUGGGCCAGCUAAACGGGGUGAAGUGCUCUGUCUCAGUCGGCUGAAUGAGCGUCUUCGGUUCCUGCGUUAUGAGGGGGGUGAUUAUUUCCGGCAUCAUUGCGACGGGUGUUUUGUUACACCUGAUGGGCUAGAGAAGUCGCUUUACACUAUUCACUUGUAUUUGAAUGGAGAAGGGGAACAGGAUAUGGAGGAGUUGCUUCCUCAUAUUGAGCGGGCGGAGAAUACUAACUUGCUGUUUGCAAAGAAUUGGGAGAUUAAUCUUGCUGAAGUCGAGUCGGAGGAAGCUGAAGUUGAUGAUGGGAGUUGUACUUCGGCUACAGAGUCUUUGGAGAAGAACGAAGCUCUUCUAGGUGGUGCAACCUCAUUUAUGGCUGGGCUCAACUGGAGGGAAUCGCUUCGGGUCUUUCCAAAGACGGGAUCUGUUCUGAUCUUCCAGCAAAGAAACUUGUUCCAUGGUGGAGAUGAUGUGUUUAGAGGUGUCAAGUACACCCUGCGGACGGAUGUCAUGUAUACCACCGAGUAA